AGUUAAUAAAGAAAAAAAAAAAAUGUUUCCCUCAGUUUACAAUAUUGUGAUUGAAAAUAUUGUCAUAGGAUUAUCAUUGAAAUGAAGAAUCUGUGAUAAGAAUACGUAGCGCGCACCAUUCACGUUAUCAAUGGGCAGCGGGAAUACACUUUUUCUGGAUUUCCAAAUAAAGUUCAAUAAAAUUUAAAGUCCAGAAAUAUGCUUCAAUUGCGGAAAGAACUGACAAUAGUUUCUCGCUAUUAUCAAUUAAUGUGCAUUUUAUUAAAAACCUAAGUGCGUGCUUCAAUAAAGAAAUUUAUAGGAUCUAAUUGUCAACUAGGAGGAGAAUUUUCGGCAUGAAGGGACUGUGUUUUACUUCAUCGAGCAUUUCAACUUUAAACUCGACAUUUGUGAGAGAUAUGCUUUGGAUUAUUUGCGGCUGUAUUCUAAUGACAACGACGGUCCUUUCGUGCCGACAGAGUGAAUUUCAAUGUGGGAAUGGUGUGUGUGUCACUUUAAACAAAGUCUGCAACUUAGUGGAUGAUUGUGGUGAUGGAACAGACGAGCCACGACAAUGCACACCUUGCAACAAAACAUACUACGGUGAGGUGGGGAAAACUUACGACCUGGAACUUCACCGACCAAAGGAAGACAAGGUGCCUUACAUCUGUAAAAUAACAUUCAACGCAACUGGAGGUGAUUUUGGAGAUAUAGUUCAGUUGACAUUCGACAGUUUUACAUUGGGAAAAUUUGUAUCGUUCACGGCCGAUGGAUGUCCAGAUGGUUCCUUACAGAUUUCCGAAGUGAAACGACCCGACGCCGGUGGCUUGUGGUGUGGGACAUCCUGGGGUCCAGCGAUAUACUACAGCGAAACCCCUAGCGUAUCUAUAACACUUCGACUCUUCAGGCUCAGUAAGGAUCAAACUGGAUUCAAUUUUGACUUUAGGAUGGCGUACAAGACAAUUCGAAGGUCAGACGCCGUUGUGCGCUAUGGAAAUCCCUUUGUUGGAAUGACACAAAUUACAACAAUGCCUGUGACAACUCAGCGAUCCUCAACGGAAUAUUUGAAUAGUUCUAUGGCGAUGCCUGUACAAAUGGUGGAACAUGAGGAGCCAACAAAAUCGAGCGCUUCUGAACAAUUUCUGGGUGAACUCAUCGACGGUACAUACUGUUCUCGAAUAUUCACUGACUGUGACAAAAAAAAAUGCCGACUACAGUCGCCAAAUUUUCCCGGUCUCUAUCCACGAAAUCUCACCUGCUACUAUGCUGUAAGACAAACGGAUGUCCCACCGGGAAAACAUGCUUUAAUUUCCGUAAGACAACCGCGGGGUCAAUUGGUCGCUGUAAGAGCGAGACCAGCAACUCAAGCAGAACCACCGCCUCGUGAGCUUCGAUUGUGGCAAGACUGCGACAUCGUUCAGGACUACGUGACCAUUUAUGAUGGUUAUACGACUCGGGAUCCAGUGAUAUUAAAAUUCUGCGGCGGUGGCGAGCCAGUUCCAGAGGCAACGACCAGUGGACCGGAACUGCUGGUUGAAUUCACCACAUCUCCUUUUGGCACCUUUCUUCAUCCUACGCCACCGCAUUCGCUUCACGGAUUUCAGUUGGAGGUUCAGAUAAAAUUUGUUGACGCCGAAUCGCCAACUUACACGAGAGGCAAACGCUGUGAAUUUUGGCUGAAGGGCAACAAUGGAGGAGUUUUGACAUCGCCACGUCACUCGCUGCCACGUAACAGCACUUGCCUUUAUCAUCUUCGAGGAGCUGGUCCAGCUCCACCCACCCAGGCUCCACCUCGACCCCUGCCUAAAUUUCCCGAACAACGGCCAGGAACUGUCUGGCGAAGACCUCCACCCAGACAAGCGCAACCACAAUUUCGUGUUUGGCUAUCGAUACUGAAAUUUCAUGUCGACAUGAAUCCAACAACUACUGACGAGGAUUGCUCCACGUCCUUAAAGGUCUGGGAUGGUGAGAUGAUGCCUUUGACGGAAUGCAACGAUAUAUCAUGUGAAAAGGAACGACAGCGAUAUAUCGAGAGAGCCGGCGAUCCAAUUCAGCCAGUCGCAGCACGGCCGGCAAACAAUGCAACUUUGUUGGCUCGAUAUUGCAAGGACAAGGUACCCAGGACCUGUGAUCAUGCAAUUCUCCAAAAUACAAGUCGUCCUUGUUCACUUGGCGAGAGCUUCGUUUCCUCCGGUAGCAGUCUCACUAUUGAAAUGCGCAUGAUCGAGUCAACAGCCCUCAGACCCGUUAAUUUUCGAGCUCUUUAUGAAUUUGUGGAUCUUCAUCAGGACGGAGAUUCCUAUGGCAGUGGACCAUGCUCUCGUGUUUUUUACAGUAGAAACCGUGACCGUUAUCCUGAUCACAGAUUUCAAAGCCCACGAAAUAUAUUCCUCUACGGUCGUGGUGGAUCCAAAAAUAUGAGUUGUAUAUAUCGUUUCGAGGGUGAACCAGACGAAGUGGUCAGGCUACGAUUUAACAAACUAUUUAAUGGAAAUCGUUCCUGUCGAAGUGUUUCCAGUUCAGAUUACGAUCGCUUACUUUGCAUUGGAUCCGAUCGGUUUUCCCUCAAGUUCAUGGAGGUGCCUUUCGCAAAUGCACCGCCAGUUCAACGAGACUGUUUCUGCUCAAAUCGAUCACUGCCAAUGAACAUAAAAUCGACUUCGCACAUUGUCGAAGUUCAUUUUACGAUCCUUUCCAUGGAUGCUCUUGACGACUACAAUAAUCUCUACUUCGAGGGCGUGUGGGACUUUGAAAAAAGUGCAACCUGCCUGCAGAAACGCAAAGUGAAGGGCCCCUCGGGUGAAAUCAAAUAUCAACCACCAUUAGAUGAGGACGAGAGAAAUUGUGAAAAUCAUCCGUGGAUGAUUGAUCCGGGGCCUGAGCAAUACCUUUAUGUCAAGGCUCAUGGAAUAAUUAUGACAAACAUAACCAAGUGCGCCACAAAUAAUCGAAUUGUGGUGCAUACCGGUGGUAAUUUACACGUAUCGGUUUGUCCGAAACCGUUAAUUGAUUCAAAAUAUCAUGUGGUAGAAGUAUUCAGCGAUGGCUGGGCAGUUAGUAAUAAUGCCGUUGUUCUUGCGCCAGAUCAAAAUUUAAUUAAACACAUUGCUGUUGAAUUUAUCAUUAAGGAGCCGGACACCUAUACAGUCACUUGGCUCGAACUCACCCGGAGACCGUCGAGAUCGUCUCCAAUGACUGGUCUACACCUGCGACUGGAUUGCGAGCAACGCUGUCCAGAAUUGGACGCGUGCAUAAAUGCAUCCCUAUGGUGUGAUGGUGUAACGCACUGCCCAUCGGGCUACGAUGAAGCACUGACACAUUGUUCGAUUCUCUUUCGAUUGCCACCACUUCAUCUUGGAUUGGGCGCACUCGCUGUUGUGUCCAUUGUUGGCGUUUUAUGUUUCGUCUUUUGGCGAAUAUGCCGACAGCAAACGAGUCGCUCAAUAUCACAGCAUCGACUCAAAAGUAUUUCAUCCGAAACGGCAAUUAUCGACGGUAAAGAAGUGAUUUGCUGACAAAACGACAGUUCUGUGCGAUACGUUGAAAUUGAUCGUGUCACCACUGUGUGACGAUCGCCAUCAUCAUGUCUUCA